AUGAUUAGAAAUUCAAUUAAAUCAAUUAAACUCAAUUCAAUUGUUGCUUCAAGAACAACCACCACCACAAGAUUGGUUCAUUCUUCAUCAAGAAUUUUAGCUAAAGGUGAUUCAUCAACAAUUGAUUCAUAUAGAUUACCUUCACAAACAUCAAUUAAUGAAUGGGAAUUCAAAUAUGAUUUCAUUCCUAAAACUUCAGAACCAAAAGUUCCUCCAUUGACUAAAGAAGCCGUUAAACAAGAUAUUGCUCAUGAAAAAGCCAAAUCCGUGGAAAGAGAAUUAUUUGCUAAAGAAAGUAACUCUUCAAUUAAAGUUGAAGCUAAUGAUGCUAAAGUAGUACAUGGAGGUGAAAGUGUUGCUGCUGAACCAGUAUUAAAAGAAGAUACCGGUAGUGCUCCAAUUGAUGUUUCUACACCAAAAUCAAAUAUUAAUGUUUCUUCUUCUACUACUUCUACUAAACCAAAGAAAUCGGCCAAUCAUGAUAAAUACGUUCAAUCAUCAAUUAAUCCAAAUAUCAAUUCUGGUAAUGUGGUUAAUUUAAGUGAAGGUGAAGUCGAUCAUAAAACGGAAUCGGUUGAUAAACAAAGUCCUGUUGUUGAAGAUAUUGAACAUGAUAAUUUGACUUAUCAAGGUGAAAUCAAAAAGGAAUCAAGUGGUGCUGGGUUAGGAAUCUUUGCCUUGUUAGGUUUAGGUGGUGCUGGUUACUAUUACUAUUCAUCUACUUCGAAGAAAUAA